ACUAUGCAACGGCUACUCAGCAUCACACUGAUAGCCAUCACAGCAGACAUCGUAUCAUCCCAAGAAGACCUAACUAUAAAAGAACACCAGGGGCCGCAAACCUGCGGUGGAGUUUUAAAAGGACCAGUUGGUAUCAUACAAACGCCUAACUUCCCUAAUCCCUUUCCUGUUCCGAUCAAGUGUCGAUGGAUUAUCGAACACGAUAUCGUCAAUGGGACAAUAUCGAUAUAUUUCACCCAGCAGUACACCACUAGUGGUCUGACGUUCACGGAGUAUAUGUACUAUGAUGACUCAUAUAAGCUGGGGGAGAGGAAAGCGCUCAGCGUUACGGAAGAGAACAUCACGAGAAUCAAAUGGCUACAGGUACAAAGCCCCGUGCUUGUGGUGGAGCUGUCACUCAACAGGCUAGAAGGCACCCAGCUCCGUGCUCUCGGACUACUGUCGGUCUUCGGGUUCAACAUGACCUAUGUAGUGAAGGCUCCCACGGACGCGCCCGGUCCGACGUCGUGCAGCGCAAUAGAAUGCCGUCUGCUCGGACACUGCUAUGCUAAACACGAUUACAAGGAAUUUUACUGCGCUUGUUUCGAGGGUUACUCCGGAGCGGACUGCGGCGUCGGACCUUUAUGUCCAAGGACCUCGAACAUGUGCAAAAACGGAGGUACUUGCAGGCAAAUGGGGCCGGCGGCAGUGAGCUGCAUCUGCGCGCCGGGCUACACAGGAGAUCUCUGCGAAUCGCAAAUUGCAGCACCAGAGUGCGGAAUUGAAGAAUGCUCUGAGGGCUGCAAAAAGGGAAGCUCGUGCGAUUGUAAUCCAAAAGAUACAGAUGUUUCAUCAGCUCGGUUUGAAACGAGAUUACAAAUAAUGGAUCAAGGGGAUAUUAAUCUAUCUCAAGAAAUCGUUAAACAGAUAACAAAUUAUUUGAGAGCUUCAAAUAUUACGUUACACGAUGACAUUGAAAUUUUAAAUAUAAGCUCUCCCGAAGCGUCCGGCGCUCGAACUGUUUGGUUGCGCGUGUGGGGCGCUCGGCGGGAGGCGGGCGCGCUCCGCACUGCGCUGGCUCGCCUCGCCGCCACGCGCUCGCGCACCGACCACCUCCGACUGCUACCCGCUACGCUGCACUUCGACAUGCAACCGGCUCUUAGUUUGCACGCAUUGAUCGUGAACCAGCGCCCGGAAGUGUGGGAAGGUUCAGAAUUUAUUUUAAGCUGCAUGGCGUAUGGAUCACCGGAAAUAGCUUUUACAUGGUACAAAGAUGGAAUCAAAGUGAAUUUUAACGGCACAACAAGGGACAUUUGGACUCGAACUGUAGCCGAAGAUGCUUUAGGUCGAAGAAUGUCAGUACUGGGUAUUUCAGAGGCUAAAAAGUCUGAUAGUGGAAGAUGGUCAUGCUCAGCAGACGACGCCGGAAGAAGAAGGUGUAGCGCGCUAAGGCUGACUAUACUGCGACCUCCUGAUAUAAGACUUGUGCCAUCCACUCUUACCGUAAACAAGGGUGACAAUGUAAGCAUAACUUGCCUGGCUGGUGCUAGUCGGAUCCACGGUGCUUUGGGCUUUAGUUGGGCACGAGAAAGGUCCCUUCUCGCUCUGGCUCCAGGACGCGAAGUCUGGGAAGAUCUAUACCCUGCUGGGAGUGUGUUGAAACUAUACAAUGUGCAGAAAUCUGGCGAGUAUCGCUGUCAAGUAUCCUCAGUAGCUGGAACUAACGCUAAAGGUGUUACAAUGUGGGCUCUUGGAGAUAAGGAUGAGGCAUGUCAAAGCGAAGCGUCACAUGGUCUACGAUGGCCGAAGACAGCCCCCGGUGCUCAUGCAUCAGCGACUUGCCCACCUGGCCAUAGCGGAGAGUCAACUAGGUUUUGUGAACCUAAAACCACUCAACACGGCGUUAAAUGGAAUCUUCCGGACUUCUCUGGAUGCGUUGCUGACUCGUUGAAAGAUAUUCACGAACAGUUCACUCGUAUAUCUUUCGGCUAUUCCUGGGAUAACGUAUCGAACGUGGCUCACCAGUAUGGAGCAGUUCUGCGUUCUUUACCAGCUCAUCCAGGAGAAGGUACACUCCCUCUUCAACAUGCGAGGGAAAUGUUACAUUACUUGCAAUCUCCGGCUGGAAAGCCUAAGGACAGGGAAGACAGCGUAGAACAUCUUCUGAUCAUCUAUGACACCUUAUUAAAACAUCCAGAUGCAUUCUUGGAUGAGGAGAAAAUAUACGACCUUCAAGACGCGCUAGUAAACACAGCAGCUAUGAAAGACAAUCUCGAUCGCCAUUACCAAGAAUUCACAGUGAAGACCAAGCAAGUACGUGAAGAUGGGGCGGCUCAUUUCAGUUUCACAACAAACUCCAGUCCAGAAGAAUGGCUGCUGACAUCUGCUGGAGUUGAGCUUGUAGCAAGAACUGGAAACGCUUCGGUAGUUGCUGUGCAGUAUCAUAACAUGGCUGCUCGGCUUCCGUCCUUGAGAAGAUCUAUUGAAUUUAACGCGUCAUUUUCCAGGAGCGGGCGCGAGAUGGAGUACCGGCUGGCGUCAGCGCAGGUCCAACUCGCAGCGAGCCGCGUCGACGCCGCGCACCACACCGUCACACUGCUCUUCGUACAUUCUAAGAACUACACCGCUAUAGCGUCAAAGUUGGCCUGCGGGUUACGGACGUCGUCUGAACCCAACACAUGGGUAACGAAAUCCUGCGAGGUGCGAAUACCUGAACCUAGUCACGUCGCGUGUCGAUGUCGGGAACUCGGGACCUAUGGUCUUUUCACCAUCGCCAGAUCUACCCUAACAGACGUUGAGAAAGAUUUGCGAGGUGUUGUGAAGAUCACGGUCGGGUUAGGCGGUGCAAUGUGUCUUGCGGCAGCCGCGCUACAGCUGCUGAGCUUAGUGCCCGGGAGGAGCGCGAAGUUGCCAAUACUUCUGAAAGCGGCGACUGCGGGAACCCAUUCCGCAGCUGUGCUUACGUUAUUGGAGUGUGAUACCAGACAGGAGGAGGCGUGCCCGGGCGCGCUGGGCUGGGUGUGCGCCGCGUGCUGGUGCGCGGGCUGCGCGGCGCUGUGCGCGCAGCCGCUGCUGCUGCAGGCCGAGCUGGCGGGCCGCGCGCAGCGCCUGCCCUCCGUCGCGCUGCUGGCAGGCGUGUGCACGCUGGCGUGGCUGACGGCGCGGCUGUGGGGCGGCGCGCCGCUGCAGCUGGGCGCGGCGGCGCAGGUGGUGUGCGCGGCGGGCUGCGCGCUGCUGGCGCUGCUGUGCCUCGCGCUCGCGCUCUGCGCCGCGCUGCGCCUGCGCACCAUCACGCACAAGGUGCCCGCCGAGAGGAGGACGUACCUGCGAGACAGGGCGCGCGUGGUGCGGCACACGCUGGCGGUGCUGGGCACGGCGAGCGCGGCGCAGGCGGCGGGCGUGUGGUGGGCGCAGCCGGGCCCGCGCUCGCUGGCGCACGUGCUGCUGCUGUCCGGGGCGGCGCUCGCCAACGGCUUAGCAAUGGUGAUAUGUUACGUUAUUCGCGAUGAAGAAUGCUUACAAUCAGCAAGAAGAGUACUUUCCCUGCCGUCACAUCGUGACUGGCAAGACUCUCCCGCGGGAGAUACAUCUUUAAGUCUGUACAUAAAACAAGGCGGCGAAGUUGAAAGCAGAGGUGGAGCUGGUCUGAUAGAAUCUAAUUCGUCUCCCGUAUCUCCUCUUACGUCGUACUGGAGAGCACCGGGUUUGGAAAGUCCUGCGAGAUUAAACAGGCGACAGUCAACACCGGACAGCCGCGCGGACAUAGUCCGCUGCGUCGAAUACAAGGACUCACUACUGAGCCCGCGACGCUACGAGGCGCACCACGUGACAACGACACAUGCGGUUUGCGACCUCAUCCCCCGAAACCCGCCCCAGCCAGAGUAUAAAGCCCGAGUUUGUUUAGAACUGGGCGUCCUAAAAACUCCCCCGACUGAAAACCCCGCUCCUCUUCUCACUUGUUCCGUAGACUUCGAACCCUACGACAAAACCUUCGACACCUCCAAAGAAGCUUGCUCGUUAUGCGUGCAAUCGAAUCCUGACGUGUCCAAAAUAACUUCCCCUCCAAUAAAGAGUUGUCUCAAAAAGAGCAAAAAGGAUUUCACAUCCAGCAUAUCUCUUCCCUCCAUGGAAAUAAAAGAGGAUUACAAAUCCAAAUCGGACAUCGAACAAGUGAACAGGGAAUGGAACAAAGCGUACGAUUCGCCCGAAACGGAUCGAAUGCUGAACAAGAUAUCCGACGAUUUGGAUUUUCUUUUAAAUCGGACUCAAGAAAAAAAUACAGUUCUCGGCCAAAUAGAAGAGGCUCCGACGUAGAAGCCUCUAAUGAAUCUAGUGUAAUAUAAAUGGAAACAGGGGUGCGUGAUGCCGUGUAGGAUAGUGUAAAUAAAUAUUUUAUUAAAUUACCUUUAACUGUACAUAACGUAUUGUAAUAAUAGAACGGUUUUAAUUCUUAACGCGUCGUUAUUAAAAAACUUUAAAGAAAACAAAUUAAAAAAUAGACAGUUAUAAGUAUCAUCAAGAUCAAAUCAUCAUCGUCAUCAUAAUGUUUAAAAUAUACAAAUGUCAAAGAUUUUUUUAAGUUAUAGAAAUAAUAUUUUGCCUUAUUUAUACUUAUGCGUGAAACUAUUAUUUACUAAGAAUAUAUUUAUACUUAAAAAUAGCAUUAAGUUUUGUGUAAAUUCUAGUUGUAGUGCGUUUUAUUUACAAUUAUACCUAUAACUUUAUGAUA